GACCCCCUUGGAAGAUAACUAGAACGUUGCUGCUUCACAAUCUUUCUAUUGUAGUGCCAACUCAUAGCGUUUACUUUUCAGAUAUUGGACACACUCACGCUAUACUUUUCUAUACCCAUUGAGCAGAUCGAUACAAGCAUUCAACACAAGACUCAUCCGCCCAAAUCCACAAUGGCACCGCUCCCACCAACCCUCCAGACUCUUCCCACAAGCGUCGAAAACAUCCUUACAAACAUCCACAAACGCUCAUCAGACUGCACAUAUUACGACACAUCAUGCAACACGCACCGGAUUGCCAUCCUUGUUAUCAUCGUCUUUGUCGGCGCUCUUUUCGGUCUUACUCUCUCUUUCUACUACGCCCGUGGUCGGAAGAGGAGGACCGCCAGGGAGAGGGCAAGUAGGAUAGCAACGCAGCAUAAGAGGAUGGGUGAUCCGUUCAAUGGAAUGGCAUAUGAGGCGCCGCCGCCGUAUAUGCCAAAGGUGCCCGAGAAUGUUGCUAUUUUGAGGCGAUGAAGGCUAUCACCAGGAAGACGAGGAAUAACAGCGAAUGGUGGUGGUGUGCACCCGAUGGUGGUAGACAAUCUUCGCAUGCUUCGACACAUUGAGAGUGACACAGAUACACAUCUCAAGCAGCACUUGGGCAUACCACGGUGGGCUACACAUCCAGCAACACCAAUCUAGGAUCUCGCCCCGCCCUUACCGCGCCAAUACUCUCGAUUUCUCAGCAAGC